AGAGCGAGACAGCCAGGGGAAGAGAAAGAUGUCACUGUCUAAUCUCGCUGUCAUUCUUCUUUCCAGCCGGCGCCGGGCAGAGGAGCGGCUAGAACAAUGCUGAGGCGGGCGAGGUGAGGAGCGGCCGGCGCGGCCCCGCCGAGGGAGAUCUGGAACAGGUGAUAGGAGGAUCCAGAAACCCAGGCCACCUGGGCAGCCCUCCCCGCGCCUGGCCUGGCGCCCCGGCUGGGCAGGGGGGGGAGACCAUGGCGACCAAUUUCAACGACAUCGUCAAGCAAGGCUACGUGAAGAUGAAGAGGGGGGGGGGGGGGGAGAUCUACCGGAGGUGCUGGCUGGUGUUCCGGAAAUCCUCCAGCAAGGGGCCCCAGCGGCUGGAGAAGUAUCCGGAUGAGAAGUCAGUGUGCCUCCGAGGCUGCCCCAAGGUGACCGAGAUCAGCAAUGUCAAGUGUGUCACGCGGCUCCCCAAGGAGACCAAGAGGCAGGCGGUGGCCAUCAUAUUCACUGACGACUCGGCACGUACCUUCACCUGCGACUCAGAGCUGGAGGCAGAGGAAUGGUACAAGACGCUGUCCGUGGAGUGUCUGGGUUCGCGACUCAACGACAUCAGUCUGGGCGAGCCGGACCUCCUGGCCCCGGGGGUGCAGUGUGAGCAGACAGACCGCUUCAACGUCUUCCUGCUGCCCUGCCCCAACCUGGAUGUGUACGGCGAGUGCAAGCUGCAGAUCACCCACGAGAACAUCUACCUCUGGGACGUACACAACCCCCGCGCCAAGCUCGUCUCGUGGCCCCUGUGCUCACUGCGUCGCUACGGCCGGGACGCCACGCGCUUCACCUUCGAGGCUGGCCGGAUGUGCGAUGCUGGGGAAGGGCUCUACACCUUCCAGACCCAGGAAGGGGAACAGAUUUACCAGCGGGUCCACAGUGCCACCCUGGCCAUCGCUGAGCAGCACAAGCGCGUGCUGCUGGAGAUGGAGAAGAACGUGCGGCUGCUGAACCAGGGCACAGAACAUUACUCGUACCCCUGCACGCCCACCGCCAUGCUGCCCCGAAGCGCCUACUGGCACCACAUCACGGGCUCCCAGAACAUGGCCGAGGCCUCCAGCUACACCGGUGAGUCCCCGCCGUGCCCCCCUGCUCCCCUGCCACGGGGCUGGGGAGGACGAGGCCUUCUGCACAGGGCUCCUCGGACCUGCCCGAGGCCUGAGCCUGCCUCUGUGUCCACAGGUGAGGGGUACGGGGCAGCCCAGGCCAGCUCCGAAACGGACCUCCUCAACCGGUUCAUCCUGCUAAAGCCAAAGCCCAGCCAGGGAGACAGCAGCGAGGCCAAGACCCCAGCCCAGUGACGGCAGGGCCGGUGCACCGCAGGACGGCCCGCGGCGUACCGUGGACAGCCGCUGGGGGCUGCCGGCCCAGAGCCCAGAGCCAUGGAGCAAGCUGUCCCUUCCUUGCCCCCAGGGGUGAGCCUGGACCAAGGCACAGGGCUGGCCACAGCACCAGAGCAUGUGUGAGGGCUGGAGCUCCUGUGGGACUGUAUACUGUUAAGGAUUUUAAUAUAUAUGGCUUAUGACAUAUUCUAUAUUAAUGAGAUUUUCUCCCUCCCCACCACAUACCCAUUUUUUAAUCCCAUGACCAGGUCCUAGUCAAGGCUGUUUUUGAACGUGAGGGCAGCAGUCCCGUCCU